AUGAGUCAGCCACCGAUGGGGGGCGCUGCCCCUGCCACAGCCACAGCUUCUGCGGCCGCCUCUGCCACUGAGGCUCGACUGCACCCAGAGGGCAGCAGCAGAAAACAGCAGCGUGCUCAAUCACCUGCCAGAUUAAGGGACAAUUCGGUCCGACAGACGACCGCGACCACCCGGUCCCCCGUGGGGGCCGGCACUAAACUCAACUCUGUUCGACAGCAGCAGCUGCAGCAGCAGCAGGGCAACAAGACUGGGAGUCGCUCAGUGCCCCCGACCAGCGCCCGAGGAGGCGGAGGCGGGGUGGAGAAGGCUGCGCCCCUGGCGCCCAAAGGGGCAGCGCCGGGAGCUGUCCAUCUCGCGGCUGGUGCUGAAGCGGCCCCCGCGGCGACCCUGGCCCCGGUGGGCGUCAGGAGGCCUGGCCCGUCGGAGGAGCCAUCCCGGGAGCUAGAGCCAGUGUCCGCCAAACUCGGGGAACCCCCUCCACUCGGGGAAGGAGGAGGAGGGGGUGGGGAAGGAGGAGGAGCCGGCGGCGGCUCCGGAGAAAGGGAGGGGGGCGCUCCGCAGCCGCCGCCGCCGCCCAGGGGCUGGCGAGGGAAAGGCGUACGCGCUCAGCAGAGGGGCGGCAGCGGCGGGGAGGGGGCCUCCCCUUCACCAUCCUCCUCUGCGGGCAAAACCCCAGGCCCCGGCAGCAGAAACUCCGGAAGCGGUGUUGUGGGGGGCGGCAGCGGUGGCGGUGGGAGCUACUGGAAGGAAGGAUGUCUGCAGUCUGAGCUCAUCCAGUUCCACCUCAAGAAGGAGCGAGCGGCAGCGGCGGCAGCCGCGGCUCAGAUGCACACUAAGAACGGCGGCAGCAGCAGCCGCAGCUCCCCGGUCGCUGGCGCCCCUGCCAUUUGCGAGCCUCUUGCAGUCCCUUCCGUCUCCCCAAUGGCGGCGGCAGCGGAGGGCCCCCAGCAGAGCGCCGAGGGCAGCGCGAGUGGAGGGAGCAUGCAGGCGGCGGCGCCUCCUUCGUCGCAGCCGCACCCGCAGCAGCUCCAGGAGCAGGAAGAAAUGCAGGAGGAGAUGGAAAAGCUGAGAGAGGAAAACGAGACUCUCAAGAACGAGAUUGAUGAGCUGAGGACCGAGAUGGACGAGAUGAGGGACACUUUCUUCGAGGAGGAUGCCUGUCAACUGCAGGAAAUGCGCCACGAGUUGGAGAGAGCCAACAAAAACUGCCGGAUCCUGCAGUACCGCCUCCGCAAAGCCGAGCGCAAAAGGCUCCGCUACGCACAGACUGGGGAAAUCGACGGGGAGCUGUUGCGCAGCCUGGAGCAGGACCUCAAGGUUGCAAAGGAUGUAUCUGUGAGACUCCACCACGAAUUGGAAAAUGUGGAAGAAAAGCGAACAACAACAGAAGAUGAAAAUGAAAAACUGAGGCAACAGCUUAUAGAAGUUGAGAUUGCGAAGCAAGCUUUACAGAAUGAACUGGAAAAAAUGAAGGAGCUAUCCUUAAAAAGAAGAGGAAGCAAAGAUUUGCCAAAAUCUGAAAAAAAGACUCAACAGACUCCCACAGAGGAGGACAAUGAGGAUCUGAAAUGCCAGCUGCAGUUCGUGAAGGAAGAAGCUGCUUUGAUGAGAAAGAAAAUGGCCAAGAUUGAUAAAGAAAAGGACAGAUUCGAACACGAGCUUCAGAAGUACAGAUCCUUUUAUGGAGAUCUGGACAGUCCUUUGCCCAAAGGAGAAGCCGGGGGGCCGCCCAGCACCAGGGAGGCUGAGCUCAAGCUGAGGCUGAGGCUGGUGGAGGAAGAAGCCAACAUCCUGGGCAGGAAGAUCGUGGAACUGGAGGUGGAGAACAGAGGCCUGAAGGCAGAACUAGACGACCUGAGGGGGGACGACUUCAACGGCUCGGCCAACCCCCUCAUGAGGGAGCAGAGCGAAUCCCUGUCGGAGCUGCGGCAGCACCUGCAGCUGGUGGAAGACGAGACGGAGCUGCUGCGGCGGAACGUGGCCGACCUGGAGGAGCAGAACAAGCGCAUCACUGCGGAGCUCAACAAGUACAAGUACAAGUCCGGCGGCCACGAGAGCGCGCGACACCACGACAGCGCCAAGACCGAGGCCCUGCAGGAGGAGCUGAAGGCGGCACGCCUGCAGAUCAACGAGCUCAGCGGCAAGGUCAUGCAGCUGCAGUACGAGAACCGCGUGCUUAUGUCCAACAUGCAGCGCUACGACCUGGCCUCGCACCUGGGCAUCCGCGGCAGCCCCCGCGACAGCGACGCCGAGAGCGACGCGGGCAAGAAGGAGAGCGACGACGACUCGCGGCCGCCUCACCGCAAGCGUGAGGGGCCCAUCGGCGGCGAGAGCGACUCGGAGGAGGUGCGCAACAUCCGCUGCCUGACACCCACCCGCUCCUUCUACGCGGCGCCGGGGCCCUGGCCCAAGAGCUUCUCCGACCGGCAGCAGAUGAAGGACAUCCGCUCGGAGGCCGAGCGCCUGGGCAAGACCAUCGACCGGCUCAUCGCCGACACUAGCACCAUCAUCACCGAGGCGCGCAUCUACGUGGCCAACGGGGACCUGUUCGGACUGAUGGAUGAGGAGGACGACGGCAGCCGCAUCCGCGAGCACGAGCUGCUCUACCGCAUCAACGCGCAGAUGAAAGCCUUCCGCAAGGAGCUGCAGACCUUCAUCGACCGCCUCGAGGUGCCCAAGUCCGCGGACGACCGCGGCGCCGAGGAGCCCAUAUCCAUGUUCCAGCCUAUCAUUUUACUUAUUCUCAUUCUUGUAUUAUUUUCAUCACUUUCUUACACAACAAUAUUUAAACUUGUCUUCCUUUUUACACUAUUUUUUGUACUGUAAAUCUUUCAUCAUUUACCAUUCAUUGUAGUAUUUUCAGUUUGUUUAUUUUGUUCACCCUCCAAGAUAAGAAGUAAAAGAAGUAUAAUUUCUGUAAUAAUCAAUGCUAUAAAAACACUGAAGACUGCUUAUUUUUUAAAAAGACCCAUCUUACCACUACCAAAUUCAAUAAGAAGCCCAAGCAUUAAAAUAUUUCAGGUAAGCAAGUAAUUGUGACUUUUUAUAUAAAUCUUUUUAAUUUUUGCUUCUUUCUUUUACAUCUUAAUCUGCACUCUUCUUGAUAAAUAAUUAUGACUGUAAAAAUUGACUAAAUCUUUCAAUUAUUUCUCAGUAGUUGACUAUUAUGAUAACUGAAAAGCUGGACAUUCACAAGAUGAUCACAUUUCAAAAUAUAGAUAGAUGGACUUAUAAAGGAUCUUUGCUAGGUUGCAUCAGACUAACAAGAUAGUUUUGAUAUCCAGUAAAUGUUAGCAAAAAUUAUGGUGAAUGAAUUA